AAUACGAGGUGUUUUAUACUCGUGGCAGAACCAGUCUAUCGUUACGAUAAGUCACGGAGGGAAUCGUGACGAUACUGGGAUAUUAUAAGUAAAAUAAAAUAAGUUAAUAAGUUAAUUAAGAAAUAUCAAUAUAUAUACUAUUAAACUAUUUAUAUUUUUUCUACAAUGGUUUUCGUGGAAAUUUACAACCAUUUGUUCGUAGAAUUAUCCUACUCACAAACUCGCGAAUGGCUAUUCCUGUCCUCGCCGUUGCCAUUAUUGCUGAUAACUCUCGCAUAUUUGUAUUUCAUUUAUUAUGCUGGUCCUCGCUACAUGAAAAAUCGUCCGCCAUAUAAAUUAAGAACUGUUAUAUUAAUUUAUGACUUAAUUCAAAUUCUGAUAAACUUAUGGAGCGUAAAAGUGCAUAUGUCUGCUGGUUGGUCAUCAGCUUUAGGAGAAAUACGUAUUAAUUCAGAUUGUGGCAAGAGAUACGCAGCCGUCCUUGAUGCAAAUAGACUGUUUGAGGCAUCAUGGUGGUUAAUUUGGAUUAAACUUUUUGAUUAUAUCGAAACCUGCUUAUUUGUAUUGAGGAAAAAACAAAAUCAAGUCUCUGUUUUGCAUGUGUAUCAUCAUAUAUCUAAUGUAGUGACCUACUGGUAUUAUUUGAAAUACGUUUUGGACGUAAGGAGUACGUAUAUACAAUGGGUAAAUGGUUCUGUGCACGUAGUCAUGUACAUACACUAUUUCUUGUCUGCAUGGAGUCCGAAUGUCCAACGGAUGGUAUCUUCCUUUAAACCAAUUCUAACUAUAAUACAAAUGGUUCAAUUUAUUCUACUAUUACUACCUGUACUGGUAGCUAUAUGGUACAACUGCAAAUUUCAAACAGCAAUGGUAGCCUUCUUUGUUGUAAAUAUGAUUAUAUUUCUGUACCUAUUUUAUGAUUUUUAUAAGAAAACUUAUACACCUAAAAAGAAGAGUAAUUAACAUUGACAAGCGGUUUUAUAGUAGUUAAGCGUAUAAUAUUAAUUAUAUGUAUAUGUAUAUUUACAUAUCUAUUUAUGGAUAUGCAGCAGAAUAUAUGAUUUAUUUUAACAAUAAAUAAAUGAAAAACGAAAAAA